CUUUAUAAAGUCCCUGGUGGGCGAAACGUUUCACCAAUAACUUUAUCAAACCUCACGCAUGUCUCUCAUUUGUCGGCAUUGUUACUCUAUUUUAAUUAGGGUGAAGCGCUAGACCCGUAAAAAUUAUACUGGACUUACCUCCCGCUUUCUAGGAUCAAGGGGCCCCCUUACUGGAUGUCGGUAUUAUGUACCUCUGGACUUCAAGUAACUCCCAGCACCGAAACGUUUCCACAUAAGAUAUCCUAGUAUUUGCAUUUUUGUUUCUCUUUCCAACAUAUCUUUAUAGAGAGAAAUGUUAUAAAGUACCCACGCGAUAGAAAUGUAUAAAUGCAGUUCAGUGGGAGCCUUUAUUGACUGACAUUUUCGUAGCACCGAGCCCACUGUGUGGACAAAAAUCAAUAAUGGAUCUCAGUACACUUUAUUUGUGUCCUGUUUGCUUUUGUGUAAGGAAACGAUCCUUUGGGGAGAGUUAUUUUGAGCAUGAAAGAUGGGUUAGAAAUAAAAUUAGGCUUUGUGAGAGGAGUUUCACUUGUGGGAGAGAAAGAACCAGGGCUUAAUCCAGCUACUGGGGAAUGUGCCUGUUUGCAUACCUUUAUAACUUGUACCGGCGUCGUUCUGAUGUUGUCAGGUGUGGCCACGAGCAUAGCUUUCCGUCCUGACAAUGAGUGCGUGCUGCUUCUGGGCGUGGACACUGGGGACGUGUAUGAGUGUUCCACCUUCUGCUUAAGACACUCCCUCUACCGCUACGCUGGUCACACCUCCUCCAUCAGGGGACUUCUGUGGAACACACACCAUGACAAGAUCUUCCUCUCUUGCUCCCUGGACUGGAAUGUCAAAGUCUGGCUGCAUCGGUCACAGUCACCGCUUGUGACGCUGGACCUGGGAGGACCUGUGGCCGGGGUCACGUGGUCACCAUACACAAGUACGGUGGUGGUGGCAGUUACGGAGGAGUGCAGGAUCCAUGUCUACGACCUCUUUCUCCGUCAGUGUCGUCCCCUGUGCGUCCAAAAUGUCGCCCCACGACGUCGCAUCAUCCCCUCCUGCAUCGCUUUCAGCCCUUUCUACCCAGUCAUCGUUAUUGGUGGCGACAGUGGCUACCUGGUGUUGCUGAAACUCUCGCCCAACCUGAGAAAGGUACACAAGAACACAAGGGACCUGGACGCUUGUUCGCAAAAGGAGGUGGAACACUGCAAGAUGGAGAGACUAAUAGCAAUCAACAAGGGCUGAGGGAACCAGCUAAUGACCCUUAGGAACACCAGGUGGAUGAAACUGCACAUUACUGAAUACUGGUCGUGACUAUAGAGUGAGAGUUAUUUUCAAGGCUCAACACAGCUAGUGCUGUAAUGUGGAUUAAUUACUAAAAAAAAGUAUUAUAAUCCUCUCCUAUAUAUAGGAUUUUUUGUAAAUACGAUUAAAAAAGUGCAUCCAAAAUUGAAUAAGACUCGAAAUCCCUUCAUAAUGCGGGCUGUUUAAUUUUGGAUAUACUUUUUAAUUGCAUUUACGAAAAAGUUCCCUAUACAGAUGUAACUUCGUAAGACAUCUUACUGUAUUAUCAAUGUAUUAUG